CAAACUUAAGAACGUUUUCUUCAAUAAAUAACUGCACGUCAGAAAGCUACCAGAGAUGCAAAAAAACCUCAGCGUGGAGUACUGCUAUCAUUCAGAAAACGUUUCUUGCGUCAAAGAACCUCGAACACCAUUGACUGUUGUGACGCUGUAUUUUUGUGCUUCUGUUGCGGGAAUGCUCACUUUUUAUGGAAAUCUCGUGGUAAUUAUUUCGAUCUCUCAUUUUAAGCAGCUCCACACACCAACUAAUGUGCUUGUGCUCUCGCUGGCUGUAGCCGACUGUAUGAUUGGAAUUAUUGUCAUGCCAAUAAUGGUUUUUCAAUUUAUAGAAACUUGUUGGUAUUUCGGAAAUACUUCAUGUGUUAUUUAUUCGAUUGCCCUUUGUUGUUUUACUGUCACGUCGAUAAUCAAUAUGGUAUUAAUAGCCAUCGAUCGAAACAUUGCAGUCUGUAAGCCAUUCAUUUAUUCUUCGAAGGUAACAGUUCGCGUGGCAUCUCUCGCAGUUGGAAUUGUGUGGCUGUUCGCGUUUACUUAUUCCUGCUCAAUGUUUCUCUUCGACGGUAACCUAGAGGGAGUCAUUGGGCUGGACCCUUGUCCUGGAGACUGUGUAAUAAUGCUCACACCAUCGUGGAAUACUACAGAUCUCAUCAUUUCAUUUAUCCUUCCUUUUUCAAUUAUAAUAAGUCUUUACGGGCAAAUUUUCGUAGUGGCACAAAGGCAAGCAAGUGCAAUAUCUGCACAACAGAAGAUACGCCAUCAGCAAAGCAAAAUUCUGAAUUCUAUCAAAUCAGAAAGAAAAGCCGCAAAGACGUUAGGUAUAGUAAUAUCAGUUUUCCUUAGCUGUUGGUUGCCAUUUUAUACUUAUACAGUUAUUAAUCAGUUCUUCGAAUUUUCCCUUCCCCUUUACUUAUAUACCGUUUUAAUAUGGUUAACCUUCAUGAACUCAGGCAUGAAUCCAAUUAUCUACGCAUUUUUUUACCCGUGGUUUAGGAAAUCCUUUAGGCUCCUCAUAACAUUAAGGAUAUGCAGUACAGGAUCUUCAUUAGUUAACGUGUUCAAUGAAAAUUAAUUUUUUUUUAAACUUAAU